CUGUUUUCUUUGUUCACCACAAAACACAAUACAAUGAUAUUUAGGUACAAUAUUGGUCUCGUAUUUCUUGUUGUGCUCUCAAUUUGGGCCAGCAUUGAAGGUCGUGGAAUUUCUAGAUUCUUAACUGAAGAAACGGUAGGGACCAAAUGGGCUGUUCUAGUUGCUGGUUCUAAUGGAUGGUGGAAUUACAGGCACCAGGCUGAUGUGUGUCAUGCUUAUCAAAUACUCAAGAAAGGGGGUCUUAAAGACGAGAAUAUCAUUGUAUUCAUGUACGAUGAUAUUGCCAACAAUAGGGAUAAUCCCAGACCUGGAGUCAUCAUCAAUAAUCCACAUGGCCAAGAUGUUUACAAUGGUGUUCCUAAGGAUUAUAUAGGUGAAGAUGUUAAUGCUGACAAUUUUUACAAUGUUAUCCUUGCGAACAAAAGUGGUAUAGUUGGGGGAAGUGGGAAAGUUUUGAACAGUGGUCCAAAUGACCAUAUCUUCAUCUACUAUACCGAUCAUGGUGGCCCUGGUAUUGUCUCAAUGCCCACUGGAGUUGUCUAUGCAAACGAUCUGAUAAACGUGUUGAAAAAGAAGCAUGCUUCUGGAACGUAUAGUAAACUGGUGUUUUACUUAGAAGCUUGUGAGUCUGGAAGCAUGUUUGAUGGUCUUCUUCCCGAAGGUCUAAAUAUCUAUGUCACGACUGCAUCAAAACCCGAUGAAAACAGUUGGGGAACAUAUUGUGGUAUGAGUGGUAAAGGUGAACCCUGCUUGGUAGAGUGUCCCCCUCCCGAGUUUAAUGGUGUUUGCCUGGGAGACUUGUAUAGUGUUGCCUGGAUGGAGGAUAGUGAUGUGCAAGAUCGACAUUCUGACAGUUUGGCAGGGCAGUAUAGCCGGGUUGCAAAUAGAACUGCCGCCAACCUAACACAUGGAUCCCAUGUCAUGCAAUAUGGUGAUAUCGUGCUAAGUUCUGACGCUCUUUCCGAGUAUAUGGGCGUUGCUUCCUCAAACCACAGUCAUGCCUCUGUGAAUGCCAUGUCAUACUCGAAAUCAUCGUCAAGGAAUGUGGGUCAACGCAGUGCUGAGAUUUUCUAUUUGUUUUCUAAAUACCAAGACGCUCCCGAAGGCUCUGCUGAGCAUCUAGCCAUUCGUGCGAGACUUAUUGAAACUAUUGCAAAGAGAAGUCAAGUGGAUAAUAGUGUAAAACAUCUUGGAGAGCUUCUGUUUGGAGUUGAAAAUGGUAAUGAGGUACUACAGAGUGUUCGACCUGCUGGACAACCACUUGUUGACAAUUGGGAUUGCCUAAAAUCAUAUGUGAAGACGUUCGAGGCACAUUGUGGAAAAUUAACCCCGUACGGAAAGAAACACAUACGUGGAAUCGCCAACAUCUGCAAUGCUGGAAUUGAGAGUGGGAAAAUGGCUGAUGCAACUGCACAAGCAUGUCCUUGAUAGUAAAGGGUACUCUUGGCAAAGAUUAAUGUAUGCCACUAAGUUUGUUCAUGGCUGCAAAAUUUCACUUUCAAUAGAUAGCAACAAUGAGAAUAACAUAAAUGUUGAGUGUUGACAAGCACAAUCUUAUCUAUAUAUAGUCGCCAUGUAGUAAAUUAAAUAAA